CAGAGAGAGAGAGGGGGCGACAUGCACAUGACGCUCUUCGGAUAUCUCCCGUCUACUCUCUGAUUGACGAUAUCUGGCCGGCCGAGUGCUACUAUCUUUUUUCUCUUUUUUUCUGUUUGACUGUUUUACAGUUUGUUUACCUUUAUCCGUUUGUCUUUCUGACCAGCUGACUGACUGGCACAGAGCAAGGGCGACUAAGAAUGACGGCCUCCCGAAGCACCUCCAGCUGCUUAGAGGUCCUACUUUCCGGUCUGCAGAAUGAAGGGGAUGUGGAGAACACCUUGAAUAUCCUCAAUCUCCUGGAUGAACUUCUGUCUACUGGUACAGAUCAUCGUAUCCAUUAUUUGAUCAGUAAAGGUGGCAGUGAGGCCUUGUUGAAAGCACUGGUCAACACUAGCAACAGUUUUGGUCCCAACUACACCAUCCUUCUACCACUGCUCCACCUGCUGGCUAAAGUUGGACACAGAGACGGUCAUAUUGGUAUCAAGGCAGAGGAGGCUGGAGCUGUGCUAGUGACACUGAAUCUGCUCAAACACAAUGUCAAACAUGCCAAGAUGACUGCAGCCUGCCUCUGGGUCAUCCAAGUCUUCUCUUCAUCAGUUUCUACAGCAAACCUAAUUGGAGAAAACCAUGGACUAGAUGUCAUCUUCUGCCUCAUCCCUCAGUAUACCACCAAACAUCUGCACACUAUCAAGGCAGCCAUUAAUACCUUUGCAGCUCUACUGUGCACAAAGACUAAUGUUUGUUCAGUGGUAUCAAAGGGUUACAUUUCUGGCCUACUGCGACUUUAUGAGGACUGGUACAGCAAAGAUACUCAACAUGCUGCCAUAGAAAUCCGCCACACACUGCUGCGCUGCCUCCAUAAGGUCACCCAUAGUACUGCAGGCAGACAGGCUGUUAUAUCCCAGGGAGGCCUCAGACUGCUGUAUCACACCACACAGACAGAUUUGUUGUGUAAAGGUCUGGAGUCUCUGAUAGAUCCCUCUGUGCAGCUGAUGAGGAAGUGUCUUCCAAAAACUCCUCUACCACUGACAUCAGAUCUGUCUGCAUACACCUUCCCGCUUCCUUGAAGAGCACAUGCUGUCCCUGAUGUGGCAACAGAUGAGAGCAGGGAAGAGAGUGAUGAUGAAGAGACUGAAAAGAACCAAGAGGCACCAAGCACAGAUUAUGAUGACGACUUGGAGACAGACCUGAACAAACUUUGUCUUCGUCCAGACCCAGACAGACCGAAAGAUCUGCUGCCACAGUAUGGACGCCUCUGUCCUGAACAUUCACAUGACUUUACGGAACUAGAUCUGAGUUCAGAGCCAGAGGAGAGUUCACCAUCGCCAUUAUCAUCAGAUGAGGAAGCUGUACUGCUCAACAGUUUAUCUCUUCACUCCUCGAGGAUGGACAGAAGGAAGACUAACUCCAGCAAUGAUUUGUCCAACUCCUCCUCAGGCUCUCAGUCACAGACAGAAACAUCCACAGAGGGAAACACACCAGCUACUGCCCAGUUUGUGGCCGGAGAUUUCCAAAGUCACAGCAGCAUCCUUGUUAAAGAGGCUAGAGGCGAAGCCCCCUCCAUUCUGAGAGGAAAUGAGCAGGAUAUUGAGGAGGAGGGAACAGAAGAAUUUCACCAUUGCACCAUGAUAGACAGUUUAUUGAAGAGACAUGGCGCCUGUAUUCUGCACCACGAACCCAAGCUGUACCGCGCUGCAGCUGCCAAAACCAAGUCUAUUCCAGGGUUCAGCAUCCUGGCUUUCCCUGAUUUCUGGGGUCACCUCCAUCCUCCAGGACAUGAACCCAUGGCCCCUCGCAAACCCAACAUACAGAGAGAAAAAGUGUUUGAAGAUGUCCAGCGUUUCUUGAAUACUCAUGACAUCAUCAACCAGGUAGUCUAUGACCUAGAAGGCAGCAGUCUUCAGUGUCUGUCUGAUUCCUUGAGGUUUUUCUCUAACUUUGAGUGUGGGAACUUGAGGAAGGCUGUUCAGAUCCGCAGAUAUGAAUAUGACCUCAUAUUGAAUGCGGAUACCAACUGUUCCCAGCACGCCCAGUGGUUUUACUUUGAGGUCAGUAAUAUGGUGGCUGACGUCCCCUACCGUUUUAAUGUCAUCAACUGUGAGAAGAGCAACAGCCAGUUCAACUAUGGAAUGCAGCCGGUGCUGUUCUCAGUAAGGGAAGCUCUGGAAGGUAGACCACACUGGGUCAGGACCGGAACUGAAAUUUGUUAUUUCAGGAACCACUUUUGUCCAGCUCAAGGAAGAUGUAGAACAACUUUUUAUACUCUGACCUUUACCAUCACCUUCAAACACAAUGAGGAUGUCUGCUACCUGGCCUACCAUUAUCCCUACACAUACUCUGCUCUGAAGGCUCAUCUGAAGGUGCUGCAGAAAUCAGUGGAUCCUGCCAAGUGCUUCUUCCGGCAACAGAUUCUAUGUAAAAGUUUGGCUGGAAACUCCUGUCCAGUGGUCACCAUCACUGCCUCUCCUGCCAGCAGGGCCUGGAAAGACAUGCUCCAGCUACGUAAUCGUCCUUGUAUCGUGCUGACAGCCCGUGUCCAUCCUGGUGAGUCCAAUGCCAGCUGGGUUAUGAAGGGCACCCUCGAGUUCCUGUGCAGCAGUGACUUGGUGGCCCAGAGUUUGAGGGAGGCCUUCGUCUUCAAGAUCAUCCCCAUGCUCAAUCCAGAUGGAGUCAUCAAUGGCAUGAAUCGCUGUGAUCUAAACAGUGAGGAUCUAAAUCGCCAGUGGUGUAAACCAGACCCCGUCCUCAGUCCAACCAUCUACCACACCAAAGGUCUCCUCUACUACCUCAACAGUAUAGGACGAACUCCACUGGUUUUCUGUGACUACCACGGCCACUCUAGAAAGAAGAACGUGUUCCUGUACGGCUGCAGUGUGAAAGAGACUCUUUGGCAGUCUGGAUCCGCAGUUGACACAGUCGGAUUGAAAGAGAACCCUGGAUAUAGGACCAUUCCAAAGACCCUGGAUCGUAUUGCACCAGCCUUUUCUUUCAACAGCUGCAACUAUUUGGUGGAGAAGUCUCGCUCUGCCACAGCCAGGGUGGUUGUCUGGAGAGAGAUGGGUGUGCUGAGAAGUUACACCAUGGAGAGUACUUACAAUGGUUGUGACCAGGGUAUAUACAAGGGCCUGCAGACAGGAACCAGGGAGCUGCAGGACAUGGGGUUGAAGUUCUGUCACAGUCUGCUGUCUGUAACCAAAGAUCUUAAGGAUCUUUACAGCAGGAGACUCAUUGACCUCGAUUACAACAUCCUCGACCACAAGUCUCACAACUUUUUUGAAGAUGACGAGCCUCCAUGUGUCGAGGAGAUCGAGUAUUCCACAGACUGUCCCAAACUCAAAGGCACUGAUCUGGAUUCAGAUAUCAAUACCAACAUGGCCAAUGUGGAUGAAGAGGAAGAUGGGGGUGGCAGUGAGGAUGGACACAGUGGGGCAAAGCAGUGGCAAGGCAGCAUUGGCAAGUCCCAGCAGUCAAGCAUGAAGAGCUGUCUGUUCCCCCACCCAAUCAGACAAGCAGCGAUGGAGAAACUCAGUGAGAAGAGGGACAAAUGUCAGGGUGUGACCAUUGUCAAUGGACAAAUCACAAGUUAAAGGAAUAUUUCUACAUUUUGAGAUUUUGAUUUGUUUUAAGAAAUAGAGCUUUUAGCUUUUCACUAAAAGGUCUUUUGUAAGCAUUCCCCCAUGACACAUUGCAAUAAUUAUUCUCCAAACUCAAUGGAAAAUCUACUGUUUAGCUUUACAAUUCAAAAAUAAAUUACUUCUUUACUGUACAAAACAGGGACAGGUAAGACAUAUAAAAAACAAAGGCAUUAAAGUCAGAGACCAAUGGGGAAAUGAUCAGUAGCACUACAGAUUUUUUCGAGAUGUAUGAAUUGUCAUGGUCCGCUAGGACCAAGACACUUUGGACUUUUUGUGAAAGACUCUUGUGACCCCUUGUUUUUUUCAUCUUGAGUUUUGUAUUUCCUGUUUUAUUUUGUAAAUCAUUUCCUGUGCUCCUGUGUCCGGUUUUCUGUUACUUUACAUUUCUUGUGAUUACCUGUGAUCGUCUGUACCUGUUCCCUAUGUAUCGCACCUGUGUAUCGUUACCUCUGCCCUCUUGUGUGUAUAGUCUUUGUUCUCUGUCUUUUACCUCCCUUUGUUCUGGUUGGAUCCUGUAGCUCUGUUUAUCCGUGUGUAGCACUGUCUCUAUGUUAAAGCCAUGCGUCCAUGUUUUUUUGUUGAAGUUUUGGAUUUUGUUUAAUUUUCCCAGUAGAAGACUGGAGGUCAGUUUUUGUUGCUUUUUACUAAAUCCCUUUCCCCAUACCUGCAUUUGGUUACUGCUUAACUCCUGUCCCUGAACUCCGGUCGAAAAACCUGGCCAAUCCCUGUCCUUGAGUCCCAGUCGGUGGCUCGACAAGAUUCCUGUCCCGUCUCAAGCCCCUGAACCCAAGUCAGCGGACCGGCCAACCCCUGAUCCCCGUCUCCAGUCGGCAACAGACCGACAAACCCUUCGUUGGUGGUCUGGCCGACCCCUGCUCCUUGUCUCCAGUGGGCAGCAGACUGACACAUCCUUCGUUGGUGGUCUGGCCGACCCCUGCUCCUUGUCUCCAGUGGGCAGCAGACUGACACAUACUUCGUUGGUGGUCUGGCCGACCCCAGCUCCUUGUCUCCAGUUCGCAGCCAACCGACCCAUCACUCGUCAGUGGUCUGGACGAACCCUGCUCCUCUUCUCCAGUCGGUGGACCAGCCCACCCACCCCCCUGAUCCUCAGUUGGUGGUCUGACUGACCCAUGUGGUGUAAAUUUCUCAUAUAAUCAUGUAUUAACAUAUACUCUGUUUAAAUUGUGUUUCUGGUAUGUGGGAAAGACUGUCUAUGAGAGGUUAUAAUUAGCUGAGCCUGGGGUAGAAAAGCAGAUGAGGGAAAAGUGGUUUACAAGGGGUUAAUGAACAGUUGGUUUAUUAGGUGUAGUAAGACAUUUGGGCCAGGAAGAAGUAUUUAGAGAGAUGAUGAGGCCAACAUUCUUGUUGACCUGGCUGCCUUGACCGGGCUAUUUAAGAUGAUUUUUCUGUAUGAUCUGGGUCAGACCUCUGAACCAUUCCAUGGUGAAGGAGCUCUGAACCAGCUGAACAGACUGUUGUACUCUUGACUUUGAUUCAAUUAAAUAUGACUUGUAGACAAACUUGUUAGGUUUGAAUGAUUAUUUGUUCAUUUCUCGAGGAAAUCAAGAUUUCCCCUGCAACCCACACUCCUGAUCCCCAGUCGUCGGCCGUGCUGACCUACAAUCCGGGUCGUCCCCCUGAACGGCUUUACCCCUCUGUCCGGCCCGUGGGUCGGACCCCCUAAAUGGCUGUGCCCCUCUGACCGGCCUCCUGAUCGUCCUCCUGAGCCAUUGCUCGUUACCCAUUGUGCCAUCUGCCAGAGUCCCUAAACAAAGCCAUGCCCUGUUCUCCAGAGACUUUUUGUCUGCUCCUGGUUUUCUGUUAUGUUACGUUUCUUGUGAUUUCCUGUGAUCGUCUGCACCUGUUCCCUAUGUAUCUCACCUGUGUAUCGUUACUUGUGCCAUCUUUUUUCUAUAUAGUCUGUGCCUCCCUUUGUUCUUGUUGGAUCUUCUGUUCAUUUCCAUGUAGUUCUGUUUAGCUCUGUUUAUCCGUGUGUAGCACUGUCUCUUUGUUUAAGCCAUGCCAUAUGUCCACGUUCUUUUGUUGAAGUUUUGGAUUUUGUUUAAGGUUCCCAGUAGAAGACAGGAGGUCAGUUUUUUGUUGCUUUUUAUUAAAUCCCUUUUCCCCAA